AUGAAUAGGAUGAAGAAAAUAUCAACUUUUUUUAAAAUAAUUACAUUUCUAUUUUUAAUAUGGAUUUAUAUAAUCUAUGAGUUGUGUUCAAUUUGUGAAUCAUUGAAUAAAACGUGCUAUUUAAAUGGAUUAUAUGGAAUAAUUAAUGAAAGGUUAUUGACAAUGAAUGAAAUGGAUAAGGAUAUAAAACAUUCACGAAUAGAUGAACACAAUUCGAAUAAAAAAGGUAAUAGCAAAUUAAAAAUUGAAACUAAAUCUUAUUCAAAAUCUAAUCAAUUAAAAGAACUCAAACAUAGUAGAAAUAGUGAGCAUAAAAAUUUUAAAAUAAAUAUAUCAUCUUUUAAAUUAUUAUUCAAAAGACCAAAUAUAAUUAAUAAUAAUAAAAUCAUUGUAGCAUAUAAUUAUAUAAAAAAUUUGAAACAGCGUAUAGAUUGGGAUAAGGAAAAACGAAGAAGAAAAUGGAUACUAAGACAAAUUGAAUUUAUUAUUUCACUUUUUUCCUUAGUAAUGUUUGUAUCAGUAAUUCCGAUAUUAUGUUUAUCAGAAUGGUUUUCUGAGGGUAUACCCGAACUUACACAUGCCUUUAAAAUAAGUGCAUAUUAUGGAGCUUUUUCUGCUGAUAUAUUUAUAAUAUUUUUUAAUAACAUUCUAUACAUAAAUUUGUAUUCAUAA